CAGCCAUGCUUUCAGGGCGGUUCUGCGCGCGUGUUUCCUCUCCUCGCUCCGCCCUGAACACGGCGGGUGCGGGGAAGGAGAGAGAAUCAGAAAGACAACGGAUGGGUGAUCUUGGCCUCCAUCGCCCGUCUCCCUGCGGUUCGCCAUGCCUCUCCAGGCCGCGUCCCCGUGCCUCCGCUCGGGGGCCCCCACCCGGCCCCGCGUGUCCCUAUCGGGGCUCGCUUGGCCUCUCCUCUUCCUCUGCCGGCUCGGGGUCGUGUACGGGGCUCCGGGGGGGCACCCCGGCUCGGGCUCCGGGGUGUCCGGGCUGUCCUCCUCCGCUGAGCCGCGCACUCAGUCCAGGGCGGUGGAGCUGCUGAUCGAGCGGCUGCUGCCGGGCCGGUCGGGCGACUUCUCGGUGUCCGUGGACCCGGCCGUGGCCCGCGCGGCGCCCGGCGGGGCCUUCGAGCUGCAGAGCGGCGCCGACGGCCGCCUCGAGGUGCGGGGCAGCAGCGGCGUGGCGGCCGCCUCGGGCCUCUACUUCUUCCUCAAGCGCCACUGCGGCUGUCAGGUGUCGUGGUCCGGGGCGCAGCUUCGCCUGCCGAGGCCCCUGCCCCGGGUGCCGGCCCUUGUGCGUGUGGAGAGCCCCAACAGGUUCCGCUAUUACCAGAACGUGUGCACCCCAAGCUACUCGGCUGUGUGGUGGAGCUGGAAGCGCUGGCAGCAGGAGAUCGACUGGAUGGUCCUGAAUGGCAUCAACCUCCCACUCGCCCUCACCGGACAGGAGGCCAUUUGGCAGAAGGUCUACCUGGCGCUGGGGCUAACGCAGGCAGAGUUCGAUGCAUUCACGGUGGGCCCUGCCUUUCUGGCCUGGCAGCGCAUGGGCAACUUGCACAGCUGGGCAGGACCACUGCCGCAGAGCUGGCACCAAGGACAGCUUGCACUUCAGAUGAAGAUUGUGAAACGGAUGCGCUCAUUUGGGAUGAUGCCCGUCCUCCCCGCGUUUGCUGGCCAUGUUCCUGAGGCCAUCACUCGGGUGUUUCCAAAGGCCAACGUGACGCGUCUAGGCACGUGGGGCCACUUUGACUGCAACUGCUCCUGCACGUUCCUGCUGAGCCCAGAGGAUCCACUUUUCCGCACCAUCAGCAGCGCGUUCCUUUCCAGGAUCAUCGCGACGCUGGGCACAGACCAUGUGUACAGUGCCGAUACUUUCAACGAAAACACACCCUCCUCCUCGGAGCCCACCUACCUUGGCAGCCUGAGCGCCUCCAUUUACAAGUCCAUGACAGCCGUGGACAGCAAAGCAGUGUGGCUGAUGCAAGGCUGGCUGUUCUACCACAACCAAGACUUCUGGCAGCCACCCCAAGUUCAGGCUCUGCUUAAGGGCGUCCCUCAAGGCAGUAUGUUGGUACUCGACCUUUUCGCGGAAACUUUCCCUGUCUACAAAAUGACAAAAUCCUUCUAUGGCCAGCCGUUCAUCUGGUGCAUGCUGCACAACUUCGGGGGCAACCACGGUCUAUUUGGCAAAGUGGAGAGCGUGAACACGGGACCGGCGGCCGCACGCACUUUCGAGGGAUCCACAAUGGUGGGCACCGGACUCGCUCCUGAGGGCAUCGAGCAGAACGACGUGGUGUACGAGUUGAUGAAUGAGAAGGGGUGGAGCGAUGAGCCGGUGGACCUCGCGACUUGGGCUGGCGAUUACGGCACGCGCAGGUACGGAGUGGCAAACGCGGACGCCGUCGCGGCGUGGAGGCUGCUCUUCCGGAGUGUUUAUAACUGCACCACCGAUGUUGUGGACCACAACCGGAGCCCGCUCGUGUGGCGACCGUCGCUCAAGCUGAGCACGGCGACGUGGUACAAUGCCAGCGACCUCACCCUGGCGUGGGAGCUGCUGCUGAAUGCCUCUGAGCAGUUCGACUCGAGUCAGACCUUUCUCUACGACUUGACGGACGUGAGUCGGCAAGCGAUGCAGCUGCUGGUGUCUCACUUUUACGAGAGGGUGCGCGCUGCGUUUGCCGCACGUUCUCUCCGCGAGCUGCUUGAGGCGAGUGGCGUCAUUGUCGAGGAUCUCUUCCCUGACCUGGAUGCCCUCCUGGCGAGCGACGGUCACUUCCUGCUGGGUCGCUGGCUGCGCGAUGCGGCUGCCAUGGCCACGUCGCCCUCAGAGGCCGCCAUGUACGACUUCAACGCCCGCAAUCAGAUCACGCUGUGGGGACCCAAAGGCAACAUCCUUGACUAUGGCAACAAGCAGUGGGCAGGACUAGUGCAGGACUACUAUGCCCCACGCUGGAAGCGCUUUGUCGACAUGCUCGUGGAGAGUGUCAGCAGUGGACUGCCCUUCCGCCAGGAUGAGUUUAAUGCCCAGGCUUUCCUACUGGAGAGCGCCUUUGUGUCCAAUGGGAAGAAAUACCCCACAGAACCCGUGGGAGACACCUUGAGCAUUGCCAGAAAGCUAUUUGAGAAGUACAAGAGUUACCUGCAUGGCAUAGCGUGAUGUCUUCUAUUUGUAUGAUAAGUCACUUUGCACUAUCUUCCUAUUGAUUGCUUAUCAUUUCCUGGCAUAACCUGUGUGUCAUGCACAUAAUGUGCAGUGGAUGUAUAGACCCCGAGGGACACUAUAUGGUUGAUGGUUAUAUUUACACGGUUAAUAAUGUGGUCUUCAGUGAUUUAAACAAAAAAAAACAUUCUUACAGAUACUGUUUGCACACAUGGGUGAACUGCCUUGGGUGUGUACCAGUUGGUACGUGCAAAAUUUAC